ACACUCGCCACUAUCGACAAUUAUACCCAGAUACAUUCAGUUGUCCACAUUUCAUCUGUCAAAAACUCGAAGAAAUCCCGGACAGGCAAGCCCAAGAAGAUUCACCCACGUUUCUGGUUACACCCGUACCCCUUCGAUUCUCGACUGAAUCUCCCACCUCUCCUCAAGUAUUGAAGUUUCACCUGCAGGUUUUUGGGCCCGAAAGCCCGUUGGAUUGAAUUGAGGCGGGUUUUGCAUGUGGAAUCUCGUGAUGGGGGCGGUAUUUUCAUCGGACGAAGAGGACAAUGAGGAAAGUGGGACCUCGUCGAUGGAGCCAUCCAAUCCCAAAGCCGGUCUCCUCAAUCGGGGUCAGGUGGCCACCACAGGCAGAGAUCAGCCGCGUCUUCCUUCGCCUACCCGUGAAUGCGGCGACGGCAAAGAAGCGGAACAGUCCGUCGCGGGCGUGCCACUGGCCAAAACUCACGAGUGUAGCAGUUCCCUUCGUGACAAACGCAUUCGCUUGCCUCAAACCAACAUCCGGCUAGCCAAACUCCCGCCCAUUUCUGACGACCAGGUCACGAUGGAUCCCAUUCAACCCACUUCACCAUUAGUACCGAUUUACGUGGGAGGAGCCCAUCGAACCAUAACGCCUUCUUCCUCCAGUUUUCGAAAAGACAAGGAGCCCAAAUUUGUGCCUUAUGAGCCGUACAAGGCCUCCGUCACCCCAUUAGUAUCCAAGCCCAAGAGAGCCAAGAAAAAGAGCCUGAAUUCGAGUUUAGCCGAAUCGGUUCGGGCAGUAAGUGAGGAACCCGUCUCCCCGGGUUCCCCUGAAUCGAUUCCACCCCACCCCAUGAGCCCGGUUCCUUGUUCCUCGCCCACUUAUGUGGAUCCGCAUCGACCCGAUGAUGCUCUAGCGAACGAGAUGUUACUGGAACGGAUAGCGAAAUUGGAACGUGAUUUAGCCGAGAGCGAAAAGCAGCUCAAAAUUCAGACCCAGGUCAAUUCCGGUCGGGCAGUAAGUGAGGAACCCGUCUCCCCGGGUUCCCCUGAAUCGAUUCCACCCCACCCCAUGAGCCCGGUUCCUUGUUCCUCGCCCACUUAUGUGGAUCCGCAUCGACCCGAUGAUGCUCUAGCGAACGAGAUGUUACUGGAACGGAUAGCGAAAUUGGAACGUGAUUUAGCCGAGAGCGAAAAGCAGCUCAAAAUUCAGACCCAGGUCAAUUCCGAGGUCAAGAAGCUGUUGGUGGCGAGUGUGGGCGAGGACAUCGAGGCCCAAGUGGAUUACUUGACUCAGGAUAAGGCGCGAUUGUCUGCGGAUAUUCAUCAGUAUACCUCAAAGAUCUCGCGGGAUUUCGAGGAAAAGGAGAAACUGUUUGUGGAAUCCAAUCUGUGGAAGAGCAAGUUCUUGGCUAGCAGCGUCAUAGUGGAUGAAUUGGCUCGAUGGAAAGCCGGUCUGAUCCAUCACUCGGACGAGUAUAAUCACGGCGUUCGUGUCUUACUCCAAGAGCAUGCCCUGCUUUGGGACUCACUAAUGAAGACGUAUGGCCUUCUGUCGCGAUUGAAGACCGCCUUUGAUCCGCUGAAGAAACCCCCCACUCCACCGGAAUGUGUCAGCCUGAAUGGCUUGGCCGAUUACUCAUUGAAAUGUGCCCAAGAACUUCGAGAGCGCUUGAUUGGGCAGAACGAUUUGAAAACCGAGGACUUGAACGGCGAGCCGCUGAUGCCCAAACAGUUGAACACUUUGGGCGAGGAAAAACUUAAGGAGAUUUUGGCCAAACCGUUGGCUUAUGGAGCUUCGGAUUAUAGCGAAGUGGCCUCUUUGGCCGUUACGGGUUGUGCCCGACCACAUCUUCGAAAAUUGGGCGAUCAACUGGUCACGCCCACCGGAUUUAAAUGUUGCACUCAUUGUCAGGGAACCGUUCACAACGUAUGAAGGUCCACCACACCCAUCAUGAACAUUUUUCUAUGUUACCACUUGCUUAAUAAACUUCAACUUAACCAAG